GUGACGUCCCCCUGCGUUGACGUGUAGCUGCGAGCAGAGAUUAGCUCCGAGUUUAGCUGAAACUUGUUGACAGUGGGCUUUAAACGGUCCCGAGUACCCCACACUCAGCUGCCCCGAUGGCCGCGGACUGGGAGGAGAUCCGGCGGCUCGCCGCGGACUUCCAGAGAGCUCAGUUCGCCGACAGCGUGCAGAGGCUGUCGGAACGGAACUGUAUUGAAAUCAUUACCAAAUUGGUUCAAGACAAAAAGCUGGAGGUGGUGCACACGCUGGACGGGAAGGAGUACAUCACCCCGACCCAGAUCAGCAGGGAGAUCCGGGACGAGCUCUACGUCCACGGGGGAAGAAUCAACAUUGUGGACCUCCAACAGCUCAUCAAUGUGGAUUGGGUCCAUGUUGAAAGCAGAGCGGGUGACAUUGCAAAGUCUGACCGAGGGGUUCAGCUUGUACUGGGACAGCUGAUCGAAGACUCGUACCUGGACCGCGUCGGGGAGGAGGUGAACGACAAGCUGCAGGAGGCCGGUCUGAUCAGCAUCGCAGAGCUGUGUAAGAGCUACGACCUCCCCGGAGAUUUCCUCACUGAGGAAUUGUCGAAGCGUCUGGGAAAGCUCAUCCAGGGAGAACUGGACCAGUACAACAGGGGCGUCAUAUUCACCCCAGCUUUUGUGGCCCGGCACAAAGCCAGAAUACGAGGACUUUUCAGCGCAAUCACCAGGCCGACCCCCGUCAGCAGCAUCAUCGGGGCGUUUGGAUUCCAGGAACAUCUGCUGUAUUCUGUUCUGGAGGAGCUGGUGAACUCUGGCCGUCUGAAAGGGAGCGUGGUCGGGGGCCGGCAGGACAAGGCGGUGUACAUCCCCGACAUCUACGCCAGAACCCAGAACACCUGGGUGGACUCCUUCCUCCAGCAGAACGGCUACUUGGAGUUCGAUGCUCUGGUGAGACUGGGCAUCCCCGACCCCUCCGGCUACGUGAAGAAGCGCUUCAAGUCCAGCAAGCUGCUGUUCCUCCGGGCCGCCUGCGUGGGGAAGACCCUGGUGGACCAGGUGGAAGCCUCCGUGGAGGAAGCCGUCAGCUCCGCCACGUGGAUCGACCUCCAGCCGAUCCUGCCCAGCUGCCUGUCCGCGGAGGACAGUGGGAUGCUCAUCGCCCAGGCCAUGAGGAACACCAACGUGCAGUCCACUGCCAGAGUGCUGGGGGGAACCGUCGUCAUCAGUGAGACGUUCAUCAGUAACUGCCUCUCCCUGUUUGAAGCAGCGAUGCAGCAGAAGGCUGAGAAGGAGGUUAGAAACAAUCCAGUGUUCCUGAUAACUGAAGACGACCUGAAGCAAGCGUCCAUGCUGACGGACAGCUCAGCUCCUUCCAAGAAGGAGAAGAGGGAGGCGGAGCGUAAGAAGAAAGCCACAGAGGGCAGUAUGAAAGGAGGAGGAGGCAACGCCAGAGAGAUCCGCAUCCGCAAAACCAAGAAGAAGGGCCGCCGAGACGACGACAGCGACGAAGAGACUGGACCUGCGCAGCAAAAUCGCAGCAAACAGACUGAAGCCCCCUUCAUGGCCCGGGAGGAGAUCGCUGCUGUUUUAGAGGAGCGAGUGAGCGACUUCCCAGAAGAAAUCCUCUCUGAGCUGGCAGAACAUUUACAGAGGCCGCUGACUAAAAGCUACCAGGAGGUUCUGCGGACGGUAUUCAUGUCCUCCACCAGCUCCUCCUCAGGGGGCAAGAAGAAGAAGAGCAUGAAAGACGUGCAGGAAGAGAUCACCAACCUCUGCAACAACAUCCGGCUGUUUGAAAAGGGCUCCAAGUUGUUCUCUGAUGAGACGCAGGUCCACAUCAGCAAGCACGUGCUGAAGACGGUGUGCAGCGACGUCACCAACAUCCUGGUCAACUUCCUGGCCACGGACCUGAUGAUGUCCGUGGAGAACCCCGGCUCCAUCACCAGCGAGGUCCGGCUGAAGAUUCUGGGCAAACUGCCGGAGGAGACCAAAGCUCCUCUCAUGAAGCUGCACAACUGUCUGAACGGCAAAGCCGUUGAAGACUUCCUGACCAACAUGGAGGCGUGUGCCGAAGUGUGUGGCUUCAUGCUCAAGAAAGGAGACAAGAAGAAGGAGAGGCAGGCCCUGUUCGUGCACCGCCACGCCCUGCUGGAGCAGCUGAGGGACACGGAGGAGCCGGCCCUGGUGCUGCACCUGACCAGCGUGCUGCUGUUCCAGAGCUGCACCGGCUGCAUGCUGCACGCCCCGGGCCGCUGCGUGCCGCAGGUGGUGGGCACGCUCACCGGCCGGAUCCCCGCCGAGCAGCAGCAGCUGCUGGCGUCCUACCAGAGCCUGGUGGUGAAGCAGCUGGUGAGCCAGAGCCAGAGCAGGAAGCUGGAGGACGGUGGCGAGGUGGAGGACGGGGACAGGGAGGACGAGGAGGCUCGGGCCGUGCGCUCGCAGCUCGCCGCCCUCACGCCUCAGGUCAAGGACCUGGUGCUGUCCCAGAAGAAGACGUCCGUCUCCGAGGACUGAACAGGAAUAAAUGUCACAGAUACUGUAAAAUGGGUCUUAACUUUUUAACAGUCAGCUGGUGAUCCUGCGUGUUUGCCUCCCCUCCGUCUGAGCAUCAUGUUAAUGAUUAAAGGAAACUUCCUGUUUCUCUGUUCCAGUUCACGGCGUCAGCAGGUGCUGAUUCAUGCAGUCACUAAAUCCCCUCAUCUAACUCCCACUACUACCACAGCUGUCCUCACAUCUGGAAACAUCAGUGUGGCUGCAGUUUAUCCUCCAGUCUCCAUAAAAUGUGUUCCUCUUCACAGUAUUUGACAGUUGAGCUGUGUAUUUAAGUUUUAUUCACAACAUAAUUGUUUUUUUCAUAAAUGUUUGCCCUUCAUCUUUGGUCUGUGUUUAAAGAAAGCCAGCUCACUGGAUGUAAUAAGUCUGUAUUUUCUACUGGAAUGAUUUCAACCUCCCAAGCAGCAAAAAUAAAGCCUCAGCAUCGCCCUCUGGUGGCGCCUCGUGGUAGUGCA